AUGGAGAGAAGGUCACAGAGGCCUCUGAGGUUACUGGUGUUCUCAAAGACCUUCCUGAGUGCGGCUUUACUUGGAGGGAGUGCUGCGAGGAAAGACUAUGACAUCAUCAAUAACUAACUCAACUCCAUCGAACAUUUAAAAUAUAUUUUUGCAUACGACCAGUGAUGACGUCAUACAAACCUAAAAUUACAUCAUCUCUCUCAACCUAUCAGAAAAUACCAUCAUC